AUGAAUUACACACUCUUAGUGUUCUUAGCAGCACUACAGAUGAACUGGCGGCCAGCUGCAGCGCUCGCCCAGCCAGCCUUGUGCGCACGAGCAAUUGUACCACAGCACGCGGCUCUCCACACUGCAAGGAAGCAGGGCUGCGGGUUGGAAACAACGCCCAGCGCCAUUGUAAUUCACAUCCAUGCUAUUGGUACCUGCCCGACGCUGCGGUAA